AUGCAAUCCAGCGGACCAAUGAGAGCAAAGGAAAUCUGUGUCAUAUAUAUGAUAUCGCGUAAGACCUGCGCAAGUGCAGUGAUGGCCUUUCGACCAUAUAAAAGCCACAGUAGCCGGGCCGCGGAGUUAUUUUGCUUCAUAGCUCUACUUCUUCCUGCCACAUCGCUUUCUCUCUGCUAUCAGUCCUUUCGGUGCCCUCGUUCAGUUAACACGCCAUCGCCAUGUAAAACCGUCAAACUGGCGCGCUACUCAGAGUCCACCACUGUGGUGGUGGCCGAGCCAGUAAACGAAGAGGCGGACUCUGAGAGUCGAACAUGUGGCAAGAUCCUAGUGUUCCUGUCGUGGGUGCUCGUCUGCCUCACUAUGCCAUUUUCCCUCUUCAUCUGCUUCAAGGUGGUACAGGAGUACGAACGGGCCGUUAUCUUUCGGUUGGGACGACUUCUAUCAGGAGGGGCGAAGGGGCCAGGCAUUUUCUUCAUCUUGCCGUGUAUUGACACCUAUGCCCGCGUGGAUCUCAGAACCAGGACAUAUGAUAUCCCGCCCCAAGAGGUCCUUACCAAAGACUCAGUAACCGUAUCAGUAGACGCUGUGGUUUACUACCGGGUACAUAAUGCUACAAUUUCCAUCGCAAAUGUUGAAAACGCUCACCACUCGACUCGGCUCCUCGCUCAGACAACUCUCCGCAAUACUAUGGGCACACGCCCGCUCCAUGAGAUCUUAAGCGAACGUGAGACCAUCUCCGGCAGCAUGCAGCUUUCGCUUGAUGAGGCUACGGAGGCCUGGGGCAUAAAGGUGGAACGCGUCGAAAUCAAAGACGUGCGUUUGCCGGUUCAGCUUCAGCGCGCUAUGGCUGCUGAAGCUGAGGCUGCAAGGGAAGCUAGGGCAAAGGUCAUCGCUGCGGAGGGAGAGCAAAAGGCCUCACGGGCCCUACGGGAGGCCUCUGAGGUCAUCGGUGACAGUCCUGCCGCACUACAACUACGCUACCUACAGACUCUGAACACCAUUUCCGCAGAGAAAAACUCCACCAUCGUUUUUCCCCUUCCCAUCGAUAUGAUUACAUAUUUCCUGCGGGCUAAAGAAGACGCCCAAAGCAAUCUAUGA